CCGGGGCUUAAAGCUAGCAGCUGUCAGUCUGCUAAUUGCUAUAUCUAUUGAAACAUUAUUGUUUUUCUGACAUUUUCUGGAAUUGGAAGACUUGAGAGAUGAACCUUAAUACAAGAGAGAUUUGCCUACUUCAUUCGUUUGUCGAAAUUGAGAUGAUGUGAUCAUAAUGGUGUGGAUGGAGGUAUCAAAUGGAUUGUUCCAUUUCCUGUUUAAGUUCUUGGUAAUUGGGAAUGCUGGGACAGGCAAAUCCUGCCUGCUGCACCAGUUCAUAGAGAAGAGAUUUAAAGAUGAGUCGAAUCAUACCAUCGGAGUGGAGUUUGGCUCCAAGAUAAUCAGUGUAGUCAACAAAAUGGUCAAACUACAAAUCUGGGACACGGCUGGCCAGGAGAGGUUCAGGUCUGUCACGAGAAGCUACUACAGAGGAGCAGCCGGAGCCCUACUGGUGUACGAUAUUACCAGUCGUGAGACAUACAACGCUCUAACCACAUGGUUAAGCGAUGCCCGGAUGUUGGCCAGUCAAAACAUCGUCAUUAUCCUCUGUGGCAACAAGAAAGACCUGGAGGCUGACAGAGAGGUCACGUUCCUGGAGGCAUCGCGCUUCGCACAGGAAAACGAAUUGAUGUUCCUUGAGACAAGCGCUCUGACGGGGGAGAACGUUGAGGAGGCUUUUAUACAGUGUGCAAGGAAAAUCCUCAACAAAAUUGAGUCAGGGGAGCUGGAUCCCGAGCGAAUGGGAUCCGGGAUCCAGUACGGCGACGCGGCACUGCGACAGCUGCGCUCCCCCCGCCGCGGCCAACCCCAGGGGGGCCAGGACUGCAGCUGUUAGUGGGCCCCGCCGCUGCAUCCACCAGGUUGGAAAAAGACCAGUGGAAGAAGAAAAAGAAGAACGGCCUGAGAAAAAAAUUACGAUUUGAGGUUACUAUUCUUGUGACUUUUUUCUUUUACCUUUUUAACCAUUCGCCAUCUCCUGAGCAUUGAAAAGACUUAAUUAUACCAUGCCCUUGUCUGGAACCCUAACCCCUGGCCUCAAAAAGUCCUAAUUGUCGUUUUAGAGUGGGCGUGAGUGAAAUGGAGGUACAACGAAAGGCAAGCGUUUGGAUGUUGCUUCUUGCUGUACCGUUUAUACACAUUGCUUCAUUACCAUGGGCCUGCAUUGCUCUCAUUAUAGCCAUAGUUACAUGAGCAUGUUCAUUAUAAAAAGUGGUCGAAUUAGCUAUGUAGAUUUUCUCAAAGUGAUGUGAUAUUAUAUGCAUGGAAACACAACACAUGGACAUUAUGAGGAGUGCAUUUGUUGUCUGUUAUGUUAUUGAUUUUUUUAAACCGCACUUCAUUAUGUAGUCAUCCCGGGUUAGGCACUGGUCGGCAUAGAAGGAGCUGAAGGGGACGAGGAAUCCUCUUUGGUCCGUUUUGUACUAGGUAAGUCCUUGUAGUGGUGGAUUUUAAUUCAAAAAUUCAAAAUCAAGGAUCAGUACUUGACAGUGGUUUCUAUCAACCUUGACUCAGCCCAUCCACCAAGCUAUUUAAUAAAGCCCAACCCAUUAAUUAGGAAGUGUAUCAAUGAAAAACUGUGGAUUUGUCCCUUCCUCAACUGCUGUUAUCAACCAAGGGCUAACCUUCCUCUUCUCGCAAAUGGAUUCUAUCUACCUUAUUUCUCUUACUGUCACUCUAAUCUUACUGGUAUGUUCUCUGAGUCCUACCAAUAUGCAUAUGCCAAUCUUUUCCAACUGUCUCUUCUGCAAACAAACACCAGUCUUCUUCAAGGUUGUUUGUAUCCAUAUCUAUCUCCAUUCCUAAACUCUCCUUCCUGUUUAGCCAUUCGCCUACCUACGUACCAAACAAAAUCGUUACUUAAGCUCUAUCGCUAUGAAUCUUAAUCUAUUAACUUUCCAAUCUAUCUUUUCUUAUCUUUUUUCAUCCUACCGAUGUAUGCUAAAGUAUGUGCCGAAGCUUCUUCAGGAAAACUCCUCUUGUUGAAAUUCUAUCCUGUUCACGCAAGGAUUCCUACCGUCUUGUCUACUUGCAAUCUGUCCAACGGUCUACUCUCAAACCAUUGGUCACCAUCCCUUUUCCCUUUUUAUUGUCUUUCUGUUAUGCUUUUCCCAUCAAUUCCGCUUCCCCUACAUGUUAAUGAGCGUCCCUGCUUCCUUCCUCUUAGUUAAUUGGCUACCAUGAUUUGUUCUGCUCUUAAUAUCACCAUUACUCCUACCUUUCUCGUUCAUUCUCCACCCACCUCAAUGCGUCUUGCAAAAUGUACAUUGAGUCUGUAAAAAGAGGUUGACGCAUGUUUUAUCAAACAGAAUAUAUCAAAGUAUUCCAUUACGACUUAUGUAUAGAAAAAAAAACGUGUAUAUUGACUUCAUGUUUAUAUUAUCAUCGUUUAAGGCCUCAUCGUUAUGUAAAACGUCCUCUCUGGGGAAAAAUAUAUAAUUUUGGCAGCCUCGACAAGGCAAGAAAAGACGGUCAAUGUGGAUGUAAAUAAAGUUUCAUAAAUAAUAACAGUCUGCCAUGAAAGUCAGUUAACCUGUCGGUUGUAAAAAAAAAAAAAGUAUAUUCGUGGUGCCAGUGGGAGCAGAUUUGUAUCGUUUCCCUUGAUCACUCCGAGCUGUCAACAUUCAAUAUCAUUUAAAUAACGAUCACAUUGUCUUAGUGUCCGUUCAUGGUGACCUAAAAAAUACAGAAAGGAUAUUGUGUGAAGCCUAAAUUUCCGAACUUGCUGCCAUAUUAUCGUCCAUCUGCUCCAGCAUGCGCCUGGGUUCACCUUUCUGCAUUUUAAAUAUUUGAAGAUUUAAAGUGUAUUAAAUGUGAGAGUCUUUCUUUAUUUCAAAAAUUACUUUUGAGUCACUAACUCCUUUUAUAUACCCAUUUAAACUGGUGUAAAGUCCUUUUAUUUUUGUUAAUCUUAGUGUGUUCUCGUUAUUUCCUAAUGCUAACGGGUCACUCCCAUCUGGUAUAUUUUAACGAUGUAGCCAAUUAUUUUGGUAGUAUUGAUUAUCUUAAAUCACACGGACUCUCCAAAGCAAAAAUGUAUUUGGAAAAUAGUGCUUAUGAAAUUGGACCACUUUUACUGUUAUGGUUUGAUUUCCAGCUGGGAUUCUCAGACCCUUUUACUUGAUGUGUAUGUAUGUUUUAUCUGCCGUCAAUCACAUGGAUUUUAUUUAUUGUGUAUAAUAAAAUAUCUUUUUGAAAUAA